AUGUCAGGACCCGUACCUGACGUACAUGGCUCUGCGGAGGUAACCGCAGAGCCCAGCUUGCAGCAACGGUUGGUGAUGACUCCUCAUGUUGAAAAUGAGAGCAUUGUUACUAAUUACGGCUUGUUUUCCCCGUCUGUAGAGGCUGAAAAGCAUUCCCAAUUUGUCGAUGAGAAGACGAACGACCAGUCUUCUUUGAAUGCCGAUUCCUCGCCUACUGAUGAUGACGGUCGCGUAGCCACCGAAGAAGAAGUGCGCGAUCUACUCCACGUUGUCGACCGAAUCCCUAUGCGACUUUGGGUAGCUUGUCUCGCUGGUAUUCUCGAACGCUUUGUCUGGUAUGGAGCCACUGCGCCUUUACAGAACUACCUACAGAAUGAGCCCGGCGGUGAAGUCCCCGGAGCUCUAGGCCUACGCCAGGCAGCCGCUUCGAAUAUCGUGAAUGCGCUCAUGAUCGGGUCCUACAUUACCCCUGUUCCUGCCGCUGUUAUUGCCGAUAGUUGGUUAGGUCGCUACAAAACCAUGUUAUAUGCUGCUAUUAUCGAAUCAAUUGGCGCGACGAUUCUGUUUGCGACUUCGUUGCCCGUUGCUAUCCAUGAGGGGGCUGCUCUGGGCGGGGUUAUUACAGCCUGCAUUCUGUUAGCCGUGGGAUCAGGAGCGUUUAAAACUACUGUUGUGCCGUUUAUCGCCGAUCAGUAUGAUCAGACAGAAUUUCGAGUCUACACCCGGAAGACGGGGAAGGUCGUUAGUAGCCGAGACUUGACCAUCACGUAUAUAUACAACGUGUUCUAUUGGGCCGUAAACAUAAUGGGUUUCUUCGCUGAUUCCACGCCCCUUUUGGAAAAAUACGUUGGUUUUUGGGUGGCCUAUUUGAUCCCAUGCUGCUGCAUGUGGUUGGCGCUGAUUCCGAUUCUUCUCGGUCGGAAUCAUUUUGUUCGAACGUCGCCGACAAGUAAUGUUAUGCCUGAAGUGGUAACUGCGCUACGCUACGGCAUAUCCGGAGGUUUUCGAAUGGAUGCAGCAAAACCUGAUGCUCAACUUCAGUAUGGCCAUCAGGUUUCUUGGAACGACUCAUUCAUAGAUGAUAUCAAGCGAAGUCUUCUGACCUGUCGAGUAUUGCUUCUUUUCCCAAUCCAUUGGCUAUGUUACAACCAGACAUUCAACAAUCUGAUUUCGCAAGCCGGACAAAUGGUCACUUACGGUAUUCCAAACGACAUGAUAAAAAUUGCCGGCGCCAUUUCCGGCAUAAUCGUCGCGCCCAUCAUUCAGAAUGGACUAUACCCUUUUCUCACAAAGAAACAGAUCUCAUUCAAUCCAGUUUCGCGCAUGACUGUCGGGUUCGCCGUUCUGACGCUUUCCAUGGUCUAUACGACGGUUAUCCAAAAACUUAUCUAUCAAACAGGGCCAUGCUACGAUACACCACUUGCUUGUUCGGCCGCUCAUGGUAGUACUAUACCAAACCAGAUAUCAGUCUUCCUUCAGAUACCCAUCUACUUCGGAGGGGCAUUAGCCGAAGUGUUCUGUCUCACUACAGGCACCGAGUACGCUUAUAACCACGCACCUGAAAGGAUGAAGACACUGGUGCAAGCUAUCUGGCUCUCUAUGGCUGGUAUUGGGUCCUGUUUGGCUGUCGCAUUUACGCCUUUGACUAGAGACCCUCAUCUAGUCACCAUGUACGCAAUCCUAUCUGGACUUCUUGGUGGUGCGACUAUCUUAUUCUGGAUUCUCUUCCGGAAUGUAGACAAGGUUAAGGAUGAAAGUGAGUGA